UAAAUCAUUGUUACAUGAUUCUAUGAGAAGAGUUGUGGCUGCUUUGAAUAAUUUAGCAGAUAGGUUUAUUAAAUGGCCUAUUGAUGAUCAAUUAAAUGAAGUCAAACAUGGAUUUUCAAGAAUUGGUUCUCUUCCUGAUGUGAUCGGGGCAAUUGAUGGAUGUCACAUUCCUAUUCCAGCACCCACAGUUCAUCCUAUCUUCUAUAGGACAAGAAAGAAAGAGUAUGCCAUAUCACUACAGGCAGUGUGUGAUGCAAACUUAAAAUUCACAGAUUGUUUUGUCGGAUUUGCUGGGUCUGUUCAUGAUGCUAGGAUUUUCAGGAACUCUGAUCUCUGGCGAUAAAGCGUAUCCGGUACUGCCGUGGUGUUUAACUCCAUAUAUCAACAGAGGCAAUUUAACUGAGGUAUGACUAUAUUGACUAUAUUCUUUGAUGUCUGUAUAAUACGUUGCUUUAACUGAAUCUUAUUCUUUUGUUUGUAAAGGCAUAAAAUAAUUGUAAUAUGCAUCUAUCCAAAAUGAGACAGGUUAUUGAAAGAGCUUUUGCCCUUCUUAAAGGAAGAUUUCGACGGCUAAAAUAUUUGCACAUGAGUUGCGCUGAUCUAAUACCUUAUGUCAUCUUGGCAUGUUGUAUUCUUCACAAUAUUUGCCUCGAAGGUUGUGAAGAAGCAGAAGAAGACAUAGAUAAUUUUAUAUGUG